AUGGGAGAAGUAGACGCAGCCUUCAUCCAAGCCACCGAGCACCGCCCAAAACUCGCCAUUGUCGAAGCAGACGGCAUUCCACUAAUUGAUCUCUCUGUUCUAAAUUCUCCCGACUUGCCUGAGCCAGAUGCCGCAACCAUAAGACCUCUUAUAGCCGAGAUAGGUGAGGCCUGCGAGAAUUGGGGUUUCUUCCAAGUGAUCAACCAUGGGGUGCCAUUAGAACGCCAGAAAAACCUUGAGGUCGCGGCGAGGAAGUUCUUCGCUCUGUCGAAGCAGGAGAAGAAGAAGGUGGGGAGAGAUGAAGUGAACCCAUUGGGGUAUUAUGAUACUGAGCAUACCAAGAAUGUUAGAGACUGGAAAGAGGCUCCACUGCUCUUGGGUCGCCUCCCUCCUUCCUUGAUCUUCAUUUUCGGGAAGCUCUUGGGAUUGGCCGCCACAAGGAUUCCCGGUGCCCUAGUCAUCCUCGCUCAAGACGAUGUUGGAGGACUCGAAAUGAAGCAGAAAGCAAAUGGAAAGUGGAUUCGGGUCAAACCUAUUCGUGGUGCUUAUAUUAUCAAUGUUGGUGACAUUAUUCAGAAGGAGAAGAAAACAAGGAGGAAAUUAGAAAAAAAGCACCAUGUUAUGUUUGUAUUUGUUCUCAUCUUCUUCUCUCUCCAAAUGGUGAAUGCAGAAAGAUCCGAGCAGCCAUGGCUGGCCGGAAUCUGGCAAGCACUUUGUGCUAAUUCAUGGGGCAUGCCUUGGUGA